AUGGCGACGACACUCUCCUCUGGCGCCGCCGCCGAACUCCCCCAUCCGGUCACAGUCUGUUCGGACUCGGCGUCCCCCUACCACAUCACGACCAGAGCCACCACUGCCGCGCGAUCUGCCUCAGGAGCAACCGCAGCAGCAGCAGCAGCUACCACCACCACGGCCACAUCGUCGAGACACCACCAGCAUCCUUCACAACAGCACGGACAUCACCACCAGCAGCCCGACAUGUCCGCUGCCGCUGCCGCUGCCGCCCCUCACGGCCACGCCAGCGCCGGGGACGACCACCGCAAUGGCGCCGACGCCGGCACCUCGACACACCGCAGUGCCACUGGCACUACCAAGCAACGAUACCGCACCGUGAUCCCCGCCCCAUCCGGCAACUAUGCCUUCAUCAAAACAAUUGGUCAGGGUAGCAUGGGCAAGGUCAAGCUGGCGAAAAAGGAGGGUACCAACGAAUUGGCAAGUUCACCCAUCAAAUGCGACAUCCCGAUUGUCGCCUGCAAGAUCAUCGAAAGAGUAUCGCCCGACGAUGGCCGACAGUCGAGGGAAGAGCGUGAAAAGGCCGAUGCCGCUAGGGAAGACCGCAACGCCCGCGAGGCGGCUAUCGUCAGCCUCCUGAACCAUCAGUACAUCUGCGGACUCCGCGACAACUUGCGAACAAGGUGGCAUUGGUACAUGCUUUUUGAAUACGUUAAUGGCGGCCAAAUGCUGGACUACAUCAUUUCCCACGGUAAGCUCAAGGAGAAACAGGCCCGCAAGUUCGCCCGCCAAAUAGCCAGUGCCGUCGACUAUUGCCAUCGCAACAGCAUUGUGCAUCGCGACUUGAAGAUCGAGAACAUCCUGAUCAGCAAGACUGGUGACAUCAAAAUUAUCGAUUUCGGUCUCAGCAACCUCUUCUCCCCAGAGGAGGAUAGGAAACUCAAGACAUACUGCGGCAGUCUCUACUUUGCCGCUCCUGAGCUUUUGCAGGCAAGGCCAUAUACCGGUCCCGAGGUUGACGUAUGGAGCUUUGGCGUCGUUUUGUUUGUGUUGGUGUGCGGCAAGGUUCCGUUUGACGACCAGUACAUGCCCGCUCUCCACCAAAAGAUCAAGAAGGGUGCAGUUGACUAUCCCAACUGGCUUUCUUCGGAAUGCAAGCACCUCAUCUCGCGCAUGUUGGUGACUGACCCCAAACAGCGAGCCACCAUGCAUGAGGUCAUGAACCAUCCUUGGAUGCUCAAGGGUUACAACGGACCCCCCGAUAACUACCUGCCGCGCCGCGAGCCCCUGACGCUUCCCCUCGACCCCGAAGUCAUUUCGCAGAUGACCGGUUUCAAGUUCGGCCCUCCAGAGUACAUUACAGCAGAGUUGACUAAGAGAAUCAAGUCGCCCAAGUACCAGGCCGCCGUUCGCCGCCUCGAGAAGGAGAGAGAACGACCGGAGCCGAUCCCGAAGGAUGCGGAGAAGAAGCGUGGCUUUGGCUUCGAUUUCUACAAGAGGAGGAAUUCUGUGACGAGCAAGGACACACUGACUGCCACCAGCUCAGAGGGUCUUCCCCUUGGCGAUGAUCCUCUCAACGCUUUCGACCCUCUUAUUUCCAUCUACUACCUUGUUCGCGAAAAGCUCGAGCGCGAGCGCAACCACGUCCACGUUGACUUGCAGCAACCAUCCAAGGCUCAGCAGCCACUUUCGUCAUCACAGACACAGGUGCCAGUACCUCCUUCUCCCGUCGUCCGACCAAAGGAGAAACACUCUCUCGCCGAUAUCGUACCGCCACAACCCGUUCACAAUGCCGAGCCCCGGAGCCGACAAAGGACCAGGUCACACAGCGAGGAUCAACCUAGGGAGCCCAUCAAGAGUGGUCUACUCUCGCCCGAUAUGGUUCCCGCCAAGAAGGAAAGCACGGCCGCCGGGAUCCUCCGCAGACUUAGCACCCGUGACAGGCGAAAGGAGUCUCCAGCGACAGCUAAUUCGACGGACGGCAAGCCACCUCUCCGGGGUUCUAUGUCCAUGCGCGCCAAGUCGCUCGGUCACGCUCGUAGGGAGUCUAUCCAGAUGCGACGAGCCAAGCGUGAGGCUGAGGCCGCCGCUCAGCAAACUCAACCACAAACUACAGAGCCUCAAAGAAGCUACCAGAGCCAUCACCACUCUGUCCGCGAAGAGACAGACGCUGAGCUGGUGGACAGCGACCCAAGAGGCGAGACCUCGGGCGGUUCCAACGAGAGGCUAGAGCCCGAAGACCCCGAUCUGGCCAAACCCGUAUUCCUCAAGGGUAUCUUCAGCGUAUCUACAACCUCGACAAGACCUCUUCCUGAAAUACGGGGGGAUAUCAAGCGAGUGUUGCGGGUGCUUGGCGUGGACUUUACUGAGAUCAAGGGUGGUUUCAGCUGUCUGCAUACCCCCAGCAUCAACCACGCUGAACGUCAACCGACAGUGAUGACCGAAGGCGGCAACGAUAUCGAGUUUGAGAUCUUGAUCGUCAAGGUCCCGAUCGUCAGUCUGCACGGUGUCCAGUUCAAGAGGCUUGCCGGAAACACUUGGCAGUACAAGGCCUUGGCGGAGAAGAUUGUCCGGGAGCUCCGACUAUGA